AUGACCGCUUCAACCACCACAACGCCCAUCCGCGUGUCGGUGCACUUCAAAGAGACGUCAGUCUUCGCCGGCGAGGAUGUCGAGUGCACCAUCACCUUCACCAACGUCACACCCGCCAAUGCCGACCCGCCGCCGCCAGGAGGGGGCAGUAAGCAGCUCCUCCACCCCGAACGAGGCCGCAAGCCCCUGCCCGCGCAACGCCCGCCCUCCGUCUCCGGCUCCGUCUCUCAAUCAGUCACACACUCUAUUGCCCCGACCCUGCAGUCCUCCGGCAUCCCGCCGUCCGCCUCGAUCCAUCAGCUUGGCGCGAGCAGGAAAUCCUCUCUCCAGGACCCAGGCGGCGCAGCCGCUGCAGCGGCAGCUGGCAGAGCGCGCGGCCAUCGCCCAGCGCUGAGCCUCAACACUCCAAGUGCGCCGGCGACGAGGCCGCCCUCUGCGGUGAGCAACGGAUACAAUAAUGGGUCGACGACUCCGGCAACCCCUGGCCGGCAUCAACACGCCAGGUCGCUCUCUAUAUUCUCGGUGGGCAGCCCACACACGCCUGGAGAAAACAAUGGCAAUGGAUCGAAGGGCCCCACACCGAGAAGGCCAGGAAAAGGACACGGAAGAAGCGCAAGUCUUCAGGUCAUCCCUAACAAAAUCUCGCCUGGAGGGCGCUCGCCGUUGCAGCCAUCGCCGAACUCAGUUGUGUCGCCUCCAGCGUUCACGCGAUCACGAACGGACUUCAUACCGAUAAGGAUGGGUAGGCGAACAUCAGGGCCAGGUGGCACGCCAGGCACAAGUCCGAACACGCCGAACAUAGGCGCUACCAGGAAGACACCAGAGUUGUUAUCACAAGCCUUCAAGUUUCCGGCAGCGCUGGAAGAGAGCCCGACCCUAACAGAAAAGAGCCCCGCUCUGGAAGUAUCACCAGCAGAAGACUUGUUUGCCGUUCCCAGAACCCGCCCGCCAUCCGGCACGCCAUCCCUACAAGGAGGAGAUAAACUGGCACCAUCGCCAGUGACGAGGAUAAUAUCAAGCUCAAGCAUGAACGGAACGCCCCGAAGCAGCGGCGAGUUCAAUUACGCAGCGAGCAACAAUUCAUCCGAUACACUCGUCUCGGAAUACCCAUCGCGACCUACAAGCCGUUUGUUUUCGGGUUUGAGGACACCACACGAACACCGUCCGUCGCAAUUAGGCCCUGGAACACCCCGAGAUCCCAAACAGCCUGAGGUUCUCAUGAUGGGCUAUGCUCAGGUCAUGGGCUCUUUCACUCUAGAUGGAUCGCUCGUAAACCAGGCACCGUUCGAAGAAGUUAAAAGGAAAGGCGUGGUAGGUGGCCAGGGAGGCGGUGGAGUAGUGGGAGUCGAACGGACAAAGAGAGAAAGUGGCCUUUUCGGAGCGCUUGGCUGGUCGAAUAUUGGAGAGUCUCUUGGAGGCCUUCUGGGAGGAAACGAACCGAGCAGCAUAAGGGAGAUGAGGGCGACGGCAAGCUCCAAGACCGUCCCUUUGCUCAGCACCCCGCAGAGCAUACUGUUUGUUGACCUGAAGCUAGCGCCUGGUGAGAGCAAGAGCUACAAGUACAGCUUCACCAUGCCUCGAGGACUGCCGCCAACCCACAAGGGAAGGGCAAUGAAGGUCAAUUAUCAACUCAGCAUUGGCACGCAAAGGCCUGGCAGCGCAAGAGAUCAGAAGGCAGUCAGGAGUGUCAACGUGCCGUUCCGGGUGUUUGGCAGCGUGACCAGCCGGGGCGAAAUACUAGGCCACGACCUGAUGAACCCUUAUAUUAUCCUACGCGACCAGGCGCGCGUGGCAACCCUUCCCGAAACCAAGGCCCAAGCAGCCAUUAAUAUUUAUUCUAAACACGGCAAGACGGCUGAUGACGCCAAAGACUCGCUAUCUGAGUUCUUGGAGUACGUCAACAAGCUGAUGGACCGGCCGCCGGAAUCAGCAAAUGGCCUCUUGUCUCCCACGUAUCCCAUAUCAUCCUUUCGCCGGCGACGCUCGACAGCCGAGUCGGAGCCCGCAGCAAACAGCAUGAAAGAAGCAAUCGACUUCGCGAUCCUGCGCUCCAACUUGAGCAGCCCAGGCAAACAGUCGACAAACCGGUUCGAGAUCGCGCGGAACGGACGGCGUGUGGCGGUAAUCAACCUUGCGCGACCGUGCUACCGGCUGGGCGAGACGAUCAACUGCGCGAUCGACUUCUCGCGGGGCCAGGUCCCCGUGCUCGGCGUGUCAGUGGCGCUGGAGACGAGCGAGAAGGUUGACGCCGCCGUGGCCCUACGCAGCGCCAGCAGCGUUCACCGCGCGACGCGCAAGGUGCACGCUAGUUUCGCGGAGAGCACGCUAUUUGCGCGGAGGGUCAACUUCGCGCCGACGGUCCCGGCUUCGGCGACACCCGAGUUCAUCACCAGCGGCGUGGGGCUCGAAUGGGCGCUGCGGGUGGAAUUUGUCACGCCGAGGGGUAGCAUCGGUGGAGGAGGUGGAGGGAGCCUGUUGCUGGAGGAGAUGGCGGCCGAUGACCGCGGGACGGUGCUGGCGCCAGUGGAGCGGCUGCAGUGCGAGAGCUUCGAAGUGGCGGUGCCGGUGCGGGUGUACGGAGCGCAGGCGGGCAGCGCGGGGCCGGACAGGCUUGCGGGCGAGGACGACCUGGGCUUUGUCAUUUGA